UUCUCUCUCUCUCUCUCUUUCUCUCUCUCCCUCUCUCUCUCUCUGUCUCUCUCUCUCUGUAUCUCUCUUUCAUUAGCUGGAGUUUUAAGUCCAAGAAAACUUCCUUCUCAAAGCCCAGAACAGAGCCAGAUGUUGGACUAAGCAGGAGAUCAGCAGUGGACAGUGGAUGGUUUGAUCACUAGGGGCCAAAAUGUGGCGGCUCAUCAUGGUGGCCUGGGUGCUUCAAGGCCAUGCAGACUCCAGACUCAUCGGACCCAAGGCUGUGGACCCUGAGGCAUAUAUGAACAUUAGUGAGAUCAUCCGGCACCACGGCUACCCCUGCGAGGAAUAUGAGGUUGCCACAGAGGAUGGCUACAUACUGACAGUCAACAGAAUCCCUUGGGGCCAAGAAACUCCCAAGAACCAAGGGCCGAGGCCAGUGGUUUUACUGCAACAUGGUUUGCUUGGUGAUGCGAGUAACUGGAUCCUGAAUCUUCCUAACAACAGCCUGGGCUUCAUCCUGGCUGAUGCGGGUUAUGAUGUGUGGAUGGGGAACAGCCGAGGGAACACCUGGUCCUGCAAACACAAGACCCUCUCUGUCGACCAAGAUGAGUUUUGGGCUUUCAGUUAUGAUGAGAUGGCUAGGUUUGACCUUCCAGCAGUGAUAAACUUUAUUUUGCAGAAAACGGGCCAGGAAAAAGUAUUUUAUGUCGGCUACUCACAAGGCACCACAAUGGCCUUCAUUGCAUUUUCUACAAUGCCUGAACUGGCCCAGAGAAUCAAAAUGUAUUUUGCUUUAGCUCCAGUAGCCUCAGUUAAGCACUCAAAAAGUCCUGGGACCAAAUUCUUGCUCCUGCCAGAGAUAAUGAUCAAGGGCAUGUUUGGCAAGAAGGAAUUUCUUCACCAGCACAAGUUCCUGAAGCCCUUGUUAAUCCACCUUUGUGGCCAAAUCAUUCUGGACAAACUCUGCAGCAACUUUAUCCUGCUCCUGGGAGGAUUCAACACCAACAACCUGAACAUGAGUCGAGCCAAUGUCUACGUCGCCCAUACCCCUGCGGGAACAUCGGUACAGAACAUACUGCACUGGGGCCAGGCAAUGAAUUCUGGAGAGCUCCAAGCAUUUGACUGGGGAAGUGAAACUAAGAAUCUGGAGAAAUGCAAUCAGCCAACUCCUGUGAGGUACCAGAUUAAAGACAUGACUGUCCCCAUAGCAGUGUGGUCAGGGGGUCAAGACUGGCUUUCAGACCCAGAUGACGUGCGCAUCUUGCUCACCCAAAUGACCAACCUUGUCUACCAUAAGAACAUCCCAGAAUGGGCCCACACAGACUUCAUCUGGGGACUGGAUGCGCCACAGCGGUUGUACCAGGAGAUCAUUGAGAUGAUGAAACAGAAAGAAAUGAGCCUCUCCCUGGAAAGGUCUGGGAGGUCUGCACUGGAGAUGCUCUGAUAUGGAGAAGCCCCAGGUGCAUGGGGGGACUAGAGGAUAGAGGUCGGGAGACUAGGAAAAGAAGGGAAGGAGGACUUGGCUUUAUUCUACCUUCCUUGAUGAUUUUCUCUAUUUGAUCCAAACAACAUAAGUGCUUCUUUUCUAUCAAUAAAAUUAUUAUCAGUCUUGGGGGGAAAUAGAGGACUCCUUGACCUGUGAACUGUGGCUGUUCAGUAGCCUGAAGAAAGAAUCAAGGAAAUCCAUUAGAUUAAAGAAGGGGGGUGUUGUUUUAUUGCGUCAAUUACCCAGAUGUCUUAGGGUGAAAGUUCCUGGGGAUCCUGAGUCAGGAACAGGUUCAAAGGAUAAGGCUCUACAGUAGUCAAGUGAAGUGAUCAUUCUGGCCAGAUCCUAAUCAUCCAGAAUAUUAGAUCAAGAGAAACAAUGAACCUCUGACUGUCUCAUCAUGCAACUGUUGAGUUUCUGAGCUGAAAGGAAUCUCAGAGGGCAUCUUGUCCAACCCAUACAUGAAAAGGAAUCCCCUCUACCAUCCUCAAUCAAAUUGGCAGCCAGCUUCUUCAUAAAGGAUUCUGAUGCAAGGGGGCAUUGACAAUUUCCUGAGGAAGACUGUUCCACUCUGGAAUAGUUCUGGAGGUCAGUUAGGUUUUGUUGUAGUCUGGUCCAAACUUGCCUUUGUCACAGUCUCUACCUGCUACUCCUAAUCCAGAACCCUGGGCCCAAUAGAACAAGCUGAUCCUUCUUCCACAAUUUCCCUAUUUUAUAGAUGGAGAAACUGAGGCCCAGAGGAAAGUGAUUUGCCCAAGAUCACUCUAAGUAGCAGUGCCUUCAUACAUAUUCUCUCUUAGAACCACCUAAAGUAAAAUUAUGAAGAGAUCUGAAAAUAUUCCUCUGAGAUGUAGGAAGGCAGGAUGGCACAUUGGUGAUAGCCUUACCUAUGAGGUCAGAUGACCUGGCUUCAACUCCUACCUCCCCUGCUUGCCUGUGUGACUGUGCCAUACAGUAUUCUAAGAGCUUGAGAUACAAAUAAAGGCAAACACUUAUAAUAAUGACUAAUAACAAUUGUCCCUCCCUUCAGGAGUACCAACAGAAACAAAGGGGUCAUUCAGACAAAGAGUUUCUAGGAAAACUGGAGAAGGAGGGAACACUUUGGCUGAUAAAGAUCAGAGAAGGAUGCUGGGAGAGAGUGAUCCCUAAAAGGAACCCUGAAAGAAGGGAAGGAUUUUGAAAGGAAGUGAUGAGGAAGGAGGAGGAGACAGGAAGACAGGAUGGUCUGAGCAACUGCCCAGAGACCAGAGACAGCAGGAAGUGGUGAGGAAGAUACUGGACAGUCCACUUUGGCUGAAACCUGGAGGGCAGGAAGAGGGGAAAGUAGCAUUGGGUGAUUGGGACAUUAGGGCAGUUUGUGGACGCCCCCCAAUCCAAACUUUACCCAAAAAGCAAUUAGGAGUCCUCUGAUGUUUCAGAGUAGGAGACCAUCUUUGCCUGGAGAGGACAAUAAUGACAGCUUGCCAUACUCUCCAUUCCAGUCAGGCUGAACUACUGGCUGUUUGCUGAGAUUGGCACGCCCAUUCCCCUCUGCAUCAUCGGCUCUCUUCCCUCAGUCCUACCCCACUUCAACCCCAUGCAUGAAACGCGCCCCUUCUUCCCCUCGGCCACCCAGAAUCUCUUGUGUCCCUUGGCAGCUUCCAUAGGAAACCUCCUCUUCUUUCCCCUCAUUAUCAGUAUUCUGUCCCUCCUCCCUAAAUCGUCAUGGACAUCCUCAUUUGUCCACAUGUUGCGUGCAUCUGCACAUAAACACUUCCCCCAACUCGGAUAGAAUCAGGGACAGCUUUUCUGUCUUUUCACCCUCAGUGACUGAUAAAGAGCCUUAGGUACUGAGGGUGCUUGGAGUCAAGUCAAGGAACAUCAUUGGGAAAAUGU